GGUGUGUGUUCCAGUCUCGAACGUUGGACCGUGCAUCAUGGAGGCGUGUCUUCGGUCCGCAGGCUCUCGAGAGAAGAACACGGGGGAGACCUGCGUGCAGACAGAAUCACAUUCUGUCAUUAUACUUAGGUUGGAGUUUGGUUCUGAGUCCUGGUUAAGACACUAGCCUGACGAUGACGUGUAUGUAGGGGUCCUUCCAUCUUCCGGGUGUCGGUGUGUCGAGUGCAGCUGGAGCAUCCUCUCGGUAAACAUGUCGAAGGUGACGUUUAAAAUCACGCUGACGUCAGACCCCCGGCUGCCGUACAAAGUACUGAGUGUGCCAGACAGCACACCAUUCACAGCUGUGCUGAAGUUUGCUGCUGAAGAGUUUAAAGUGCCAGCUGCCACCAGUGCAAUCAUAACAAAUGAUGGAAUAGGAAUCAAUCCCGCCCAGACUGCAGGAAACGUGUUUCUGAAAUACGGCUCGGAGCUUCGCCUCAUUCCCAGAGACAGAGUGGGAGGAAGUGGAGACUGAAGCCCAUGGUCCUGGCUGACAGCAGUAGUGACUCACGCUGCAGACUGGUGUCGUCCUGGAGACCCGGGAAGCUCCUCGGCCUCUGUCCUCUUCGUCUUGACUCACACCAGGCUCUAUAUUUAAACCCCGGCUCUGACGUGCUGCUUCAUAUUUGCUCGCUUGCAUCUCUCAGUGAAAAAUCUCCUGCCUUCACUAUUAAACCAUUCAGAGAAGUGCUGGACGGUGGCUCAUUUCUCCAAGUUUGGUCUCAAACUCCCGUUUUUUUCAUUCAGAUUUUCCUCUUUAUUUCGAUACCUUUCAAAUAUACGAGCAGAAAUACCUCCAGGACCCAACAGCUUUGACCAGGAUGAAAUUUUCACAAUGGCAGUUCAUCGUCAGGUGCUGCUUUGCCUUUGGUGGUUCCAAUUUGUUCACAUCUAAAUGGUGGGACUCUCGAUACCCCGAGUGCUGUGUAUCACUGCAGAUGUGAAUAAACACUGUGACUCGUGUGCGUUUGUGUUCACUGAACUAUCAGUGCCACUAUUGGCUCUUUUGCUGCUCUCUGUCUGUUUUCUGUUGCACUUGGAUUUUGAAAACGUGACGCGCAGACGUGUUGGGGAACUCGUUCAACGUCGUGGACAUGAUCCCGUUGUUUGGUGUGUGAAACACGAUGAUGAGUGUGUUUAUCACCACUAAGACGGUCUUCUGUUCCAGCAGCUCUGUUUCUGUGAGCGAGGGGGAGACGCUGCAGAGCGGUGGACGCCUGAAGCCUCCAGUCAACGGUUGGGUGCCGCCUCGUCUGAGGGGACCAGGUUGGGGGUUGGUGGCAACUCCAAUGGAUUUUCUCAUGUCUUUUCAUUUGAGUCGGUCCGGGCGUCGUCACCGGGAGUGUAGCUCUGGAAAUUGAAACCUGCGACCCUCGUGUUGCGAUGAGGACCGAAGAGGAGUCGCGCCGUCGUGACGCAGGAAUGGCCUGUUUUUCUUUGGCGUUGGAGUGAGUUCAUGACAGAAGCGUCACUCGCACAUCGCGCGUCCAUUUUCAUUCCAAUCCGACCAAUCGACUCAGGCGGCUGGAAUAUCUGGCGUUAAUCUCACCUCAUUGACAUUCAUGGUCGGGGCAACGAGAAAGAUUCGUCUGGCUAACCAUGUUUGUCAUGCGGCCUCGGCGUCCAGAUCAGCAGACGCGCGGACAGGACGGCAUGAAAGAGGUGCCAGGUAAAAGGUGUGGAAGCCUUGAGCUGCUGCGGACACUGCAGUGUCAUUUUACUGAGCGCUUUCCAACUUCGAGUAUGUAUCUAACAAGUGUUUUUAAAAUGUGUUGUUUAACCUUUAGGAAACGCCAUUUUUGAAACCUGGCCGACUUAAAGUCCAUAUCAUGGAAUCUAUACCUGCUGAACAGUGUACUCGCACAUUCUGCGCUGAAUGAGAAACCUAGGGCGUGACCACACCGACUUGGUUGACCCGACCUUGGCUGACGGUCCAGUGAGCCUCUGACCCCACUACCACUGCUCUGCUGACCUUUAGACCUCCCGCCGCUUCGGAGGGGCCGGGUCGCGGCUCACUUGACCGCGGUCACCAACCGGCGCAGACGGCCCAGACGGCUCUGGGUCACUCCAGUGUCUCGCCUGUCGCUCGCGAGUGAACGGUACACGUGUUACUACAGCUGU